UUGCUUCAUUUAAUAAUAAACUUUCUGUGUCUCAAUGAACAUUUUAUUUCAGGAUGUUGUACGUAACUGGUACGCCAGGAAUCCUCAGAUAGUGGAGACAGAAGACAGCCUUGUGCAGCUGGCUAAUCAGUGUUCAGAAUUCAUCAAAAAAGGUGACCUUGAGUCUGUUGGUCAGUGUAUGGAUGAGUAUUGGGUGCUCAAGAAGACGAUGGCACCCGGGUGUGAGCCCGAGUUUGUCGCCCGCCUGAUGACCUCCAUGCGACCUUACGCCCUGGGCAUGUGCAUGGCAGGCGCAGGGGUGGGGGAUUCAUGUAUGUGCUGGCCAGUGACCAUGAGGCACAGAAGAACAUCAAGAACAUUGUAUUGCAAAACAAAACAUUCAGGAGGUGGAAAAAAAUAG